AUGUGUAUAUUUUUUCCUCCAGUUUAAUGGCUACACAAUAAAACGCGUUGUCUUUUCAGUAUGUCCUAAAAGGGCUUCCGUAACGCGUUAGUAUGAGCUAAAACAUACGCUCGCACAAAAAGAAAGCAGGAUUUAGCUUUGGCGAGCUGUAUUAGGUGGUUAGCUUGCUAUCUUGCAUACAAAUAUGACAUUCUUUGUUAGCUAGCCGGCUAAUUUAUGAGGAUUCUGGCCUUGUUUAAGUUUGUUUAAACUUGACGUUUCCGGUAGGAUUUUUAUAUAUAUUUUUUUAUUUCUGUCGUGAAUCGUUUUCGCAGUAGGGGAGGUUUUAUCUUUUUUCCCUGAAUGUGUGCAGCUUAAACGAUGAGGAACAAAGAUGAACCAGGCAUACUUGCGGACUGUACCGGCAACACAAUCCCGGAAACUCCUGAGGCCAAGCGUCCAUCUAAACCUGGUGCCUUCAAAGCCGCCGAUCCUGUACUGGUGGACUUGUCAUCCGAUUCGGAUUUGGAGAUAUCUGGGAGCUCUAUGAUCUCAAUUGGGCCAGGAAAGACUCUUGUGACUUCAAAACAGGACUCUAAUUCGUUCUCUGAUGACGAGGACGAAGUAACAGAGGAAACCAAACAUGAACAUUCUUCUUUGAAGACAUCUGGAAAUGGAGAUACUGUGUGUAAAAGAAGGCAGGAGGAGAUGUGUGAAGAUUCACAGGAGAGCAACAAGAGCAGCAAGAAGAGGCGUGAGUCACUGACGGACGAUUCUGCAGAUGAGGGACCUGAGCCCAGCUGGAGGGAGCAGGAGAGCAUGGUAAAGAAGCUGCAGCGUAAUUUCCCAAACCUCAACAAGGAGGAGCUCAGGGACGUGCUUCACGAACAUGGCUGGAUCAUUGAGGACACCAUGGAGGCACUGCGCAUGUUCUCUGAGCACGUGGUUGAAUGCAACAGUGAUGACUCUGAAUCUGAACCUCCCCCAUCUCCUGAACACAAAAGCACAAAUCUGACCUCGAGCCCCAGCACAUCUGCAGCACACAAGGUACACCCGCAGCCACCAAACUGUGCCCUAAAUGGAGCCCGAGAGCCGCGGACGAGAAGGAGACGGUACCCCAGAGAAAUCCAGAAGCAAGACAGCAGCUCAGAAGACAAUGGCAGUGACUGUGAAGCGUCUCCUGGACACUUGGACUCGGAUUGGGACGAGGCUGACGAGAAGCUUCCUCGACUGAAGGCUCAGAUCCUGGACUUCUUCCAGAAGGCGACGGUCGAUGAGCUGACGCUGAUUGCUGGCUGCUCUGUGAAGAAGGCUCAGAAAAUCAUCGAGCUAAGACCGUAUCAAACGUGGAGCAACCUGGACGAUGUCCUUCACAGAGGUAAUGGCCUCUCUGCGGAGCUGCUCACUGGGUGUCGAGAGGUCCUAAGGGAGCGAGAGGUGGUACAGGGGCUCAUGGUCAAGUGUGAGAAAAUCUCCAGAGAUAUGGCUGAGUUGGUGCAGCAGGGACUGGGAUCUAUGAAACAACCAGACAUCCUUAACAGCUCGUUUGAGCUGAAACCAUACCAGCUGAUUGGCCUUAGCUGGCUGACUCUGCUUCACAAGAACCAGCUGAGUGGCAUCCUGGCAGAUGAGAUGGGUUUGGGGAAAACCAUCCAGGUCAUCUCGUUUCUGGCGCACUUGUAUGAGGAGGGAAACCGAGGACCGCAUCUUAUCACUGUGCCUUCUUCUACGCUCGAUAACUGGGUUCGAGAGCUUAACCUUUGGUGCCCGAGCUUAAAAGUGCUGGUUUACUAUGGGUCCGUCGAGGAGCGAAAGUGCAUCCGCUACGAGAUCCUGAAUGAAGAGGUGGACUAUAACAUCAUUGUUUCAACGUACAACCUGGCCAUCGGGAACUCCAGUGAUCGCAGUUUGUUCCGUAAGCUCAGGCUACAGUACGCCGUGUUCGAUGAAGGACACAUGCUGAAGAACAUGAGUUCGCUGCGCUAUCGCCACCUCAUGGGCAUCAAUGCCAAAAAACGGCUGUUGCUGACCGGAACUCCGCUGCAGAAUAACCUGCUAGAGCUGAUGUCUCUGCUUAACUUCAUUAUGCCCAACAUGUUCUCCAGCAGCACCUCACAGAUCGCCAAGAUGUUCUCUAUGAAAUCCUCAGAGGAGCAGAGCAGCUUUGAAAAGGACCGGAUUGCACACGCCAAACUCAUUAUGAAACCCUUCAUCCUGCGGCGUAUCAAAAGCGAGGUCCUGAAGCAGCUGCCUGCCAAGGAGGAACAGAUCGAGUUCUGCAGCAUGAGCCAGAAACAACAGCAGCUUUACGACGCACUGUUCAGCAAGCUAAAGAGCUCCAGCAACACAGAGAAACGUGAACUGACCAACGUCAUGAUGCAGCUGAGGAAGAUGGCUAAUCACCCGCUCCUGCACCGGCAGUAUUACUCCAGCAAACGCCUCUCCGCCAUGAGCAGACUCAUGCUCAAGGAGCCGAGUCACCGUGAAUCUGACCCGGCUCUGAUUGAAGAAGACAUGGCGGUGAUGUCGGACUUUGAACUUCAUCGUCUGUGCCAGCAGUAUACUGCGCUACACGAGCAUCAGCUGACCACAGAGCAGCUGCUGGACUCAGGGAAGCUCCACCUCCUCACACCACUUCUGACAAACCUCAAAGAGCAGGGUCAUCGAGUGGCCCUCUUUAGCCAGUUCACCAUGAUGCUGGACAUCCUGGAGGUGCUGCUCAAACACCACAAGCAUAGGUACAUCCGAAUGGAUGGCUCCACACCAAUGAGUGACAGAAUUGUCCUGAUUGACCAGUUCAACACGGACCGGGACAUCUUUGUGUUCCUGCUGUCCACUAGAGCCGGAGGACUCGGCAUCAACCUGACCUCUGCUAACAUCGUCAUCCUGCAUGACAUCGACUGCAAUCCGUACAAUGACAAGCAGGCGGAGGACCGGUGUCACCGUGUCGGACAAACCAGAAACGUUAAAGUGAUUAAGCUGAUAAGCAAAGACUCUAUAGAGGAUGCUAUGCUCCGCAUUGGCCAGAGGAAGCUUAAACUAGAGCAGGACAUGACAGCCACUGAGGAGGCUGACGAGGACACCAUUCCUGAUGACAUGGCCUCCCUCCUAAAAGCUUCAUUAGGCCUUUGAGAAGCAGAAGAACACUGGAUUAUUAGUCUGUGUUUGUGACCGUAUUCUGUUGAAUCUUGACUGAAAGGACUAUAACACAAAUGAGUCUGACUGAUGUGUGGUUUAAGGGUGCACUGAUCAUUUAAGUUUAUACUGGGGAUGUAAGUUUAUAAAUCCUCUGGAUGGCUCCGACAUUUCUGUGGAAAAGUGCACCGUGGUCUCUGCUUCUGUUUUUGAAUGUAUUAAAGUAUUGUACUGUUUUUAUUUUCUGUGUUUGAAAAUGUUUAAAUA